UCCCCUUUCACAUUUAUAUCUUCCACCUCUGAUCUGAAAUUGAGGAAAUGGAUUCGUCAAUGACGUCAAUUUCUCUUCACUUUCUCUUUAGAGAAACAAUAGUUAAUCAAUGUAUCUCGGACAAUUACUUUAUUGAUUGAUAAUAGUGAUAUUCACAACUGAAUAUCAACAGUGAUUCAGUUUUCAUAGGUUAAUUGUUACGAUGGUAAGCUGACAGUCAAGUCCGAAGGAAGAAAGUGAUGAUGUGGAUGGAUAAGGAAUUAAGAAUCACCAAAUGAUCUCCAUCAUUAUCUGUGAAAUUCUAUGUGAAAAUGUGGCAACCACGUAGGCUUUUGAAAAUCACAGCCCUGGGGGCAGCCUCCAUAGGGACGUUUGCUUCCCUCCGCAGUAACGAGUACGACAUCGGUUCCAUCGGCAUCGUCCGGCUUUCACGAGCCGCAUUGUCAGUCUUCGUAAUCGGCAUGCAUUACCGAAAAACCAUCUACACUACCUCGCUACCAAAGGACACACCAGAAUACCUCGAACUCAAAUCCUCAGCCCAUUCAUUUGGUGCAGCUCGUCUCCUGGAACUUUGCUGCGCUAACAAAGGUGUCUACAUUAAGGUGGGCCAACAUAUUGGUGCUCUGGACUACCUUCUCCCUAAGGAGUAUGUCCAGACAUUGAAAAUACUCCAUAGCAAGGCUCCACAGUCCUCUUUCAACGACGUUCUCACUGUUCUGAAGGAAGACUUGAAGCAGCAUCCUUACGAUGUCUUCGCCUCAAUCGAUCCGGAACCACUUGGAGCUGCUUCUCUCGCUCAGGUGCAUCGAGCUGUUCUCAAAAAUGGUGAAACAGUUGCGGUUAAAGUCCAGCACAGAUCAGUGAAGACAAACUCUUACGUUGAUAUUAAAACCAUGGCUGCAUUGGUAAAAAUGUGCUCUUGGAUAUUUCCAGAGUUCAAAUUCGAUUGGUUAGUUGAUGAAACUAAGAAGAACAUCCCCAGGGAAUUGAACUUUUAUCAUGAAGGGCAGAAUGCUGAGAAGGUUGAAGCGAUGUUCCGUCACUAUAAAUGGCUGAAAAUCCCCAAAAUUUACUGGGCACUGUGUACACCUAGAGUCCUGACGAUGGAAUUCAUUCAGGGAGGACAAGUCAAUGAUUUAGACUUUAUCCGUCGAAAUAACAUUAAUCCAUAUGAAAUUAGUGAGAAAUUGGGUAGACUCUACAGUCAUAUGAUUUUCGUCACUGGUUUCGUACAUUCUGAUCCCCAUCCUGGAAACAUUCUGGUGAAGACAAAUCAUAGGAACGAAGCAGAGAUAGUCCUCCUGGAUCACGGUCUUUACGCUGAACUUUCCAAUGAAUUCAGGUGGGCCUAUUCCAAAUUGUGGAUGGCAAUUCUCAAUAAGGAUAAGACAGGGAUGAAGAGAUACUGCACUGAUUUAGGAGUCGGUGAUCUCUAUGGUCUGCUGGCCUGUAUGGUUUCUGGAAGGACUUGGGAUACGAUCAUGGCAGGGGUAGAGAGAACCAAAUACAGUAAAAACGAAAAAAAUGCCUUUCAGAAAGAGGUACCCAAUCUACUACCACAGAUAAGUGAAGUUCUUGAGAGAGUAAAUAGGCAGAUGUUGUUGGUUCUCAAGACUAACGACUUGAUUCGGAGUAUUGAACACACUCUGAAGACUUCCCAGAGAAUGUCGGCGUUUAUGGAGAUGUCCAGGUGCUGCACGGAUGCUAUUUAUGAUGAGAAAAUGAGCGAUGUUAAAAGCUGGGAAGGUAGAUUAGGAGUUUUAAUUGGCAAACAGUGGAUUCUGUGGAAGUUAUUUAUGUAUUAUACGUGGCUAGGUGUUGUUCAUUUUGAUCUGAGAAGGACCAUUGGAUCAUUGUUUAGCAAAAAAUUUUUGUCGUUUCACAGCGAGAUGACGUAGUAUUUUGUUUCAUGACUAACAAAAUCAAUUUAAACUAAUAUUCUACUGUACUAAUAGAUUACACUACGAAAAUGUGAAUCGACUAAAGAUCAAGAGCUACAAGAAAAGUUUUGUUCAUGAAGAAAUUCGACACAAUAGUUUCUUGAAUGGACGUUAGUUUAUUUCUAGUAUUCGGUACUUAAUAAAAACGGAGUGAAAGAAAGAACAUUAAUUAACCAGGGCAUUAACGCAUAAUGACAGCACAACAAUAUUGGACCGUCUUCGAUGUAAAGAAAAUGCAAAUAGAUUUUGCAUAUCAUUAAUUGAGACUUUGAUAGUCUCUACAACAAUCAUCAAAAGAAAGUUCAAAUAAUUGGAUCUUUUUAACAACAAAUGAUGGUAUUGUUUGACGGACAAAUUUAAUUGUUAUUGCGUAAAGAGAAUAAUUCAUUGACCCAGGGUAGUAAUUGGGUCUGGAAGGGUGGGAAUAGGUUUUUGAAUUUUUUAUAUGGAGCGGAAAAAAUGUAAUAAAUCCAUAAAUAUUAACAUA